AGGAGGAGUUGGAAGAGAGCAGCGCAAAAAUGGAGAGCGGGUCGGUGGGGGAAUUCAUAAGAACGGAGGUGGCCGACUGGGACGACGAAGCGGUGGCCACGGCCCGGUUCAAGGCAUUUAGCGGACAGAAAUCUGAUUGGGAAGCGAAGUACGAAUUCUGGAAGUUUCUAAUUCUCAAAAUCGCUCGCCGUUUCGGCCUUCUCGUCAUCCGCCCUCUCGACGUGAAGAACAAUUGGUUCAAUCGCGGAGGCUUGACCCCUCUGUGCCUCGACCAGGUUUUGAUGGAGAUGUACAGUGAAGGUGAAAUCGUACGAAUGGGCGAUCUUCUGGACCCAACCAGUGGGUCACUUUCCCUUCUCUUGAGAAAGGUUGGACGAAACUUGAUGCGUAUUAGACCCGCCUCCACACCAUCCCUACAAGCUCUCUCACAAGAUCACCUCGUACUCACCACUCUCUUGAAGGAAAAAUCUGUACAAGUUGUGAAACACUUGUGUGAAAGUAACUGGACCUGUUCGUGCGUUGUAACUAUGAGUAAGUUCCAUGACAUUUGUGGAGGUCCGGAGGAAGCAUCCGCGGUCUUGUCCCACCUCUCCGAAACCGGGAAAGCACGCUAUCUCUCAGUCCAUAAGAAGGAAUUCCUUGAGGGCAUAAAAGUUUCCUUGUCACCGGCACCAGUUUCUAAGAUUUCGAAUUUUGAUUAUGAUGUUCUACAUUUGGUUUGGACGACAGAAAGGCUUCAGCAACAACAUAACGUCAUUGACCGACGUUGUGAAAUGUCAAGAAAAUCAGCCUUAGCUUCUUUGAGUUCUGGGAACAAGAAAGCGGCACUUCGGCAUGCAAGGGAGUUAAAACUAGCCACUGAGGCUAGAGAAAAAUGUAUAUCACUUCUGAACAGAGUGGAGGAAGUCCUUAGUGUUAUUGCAAAUGCUGAAUCCACAAAAAAGGUCUCUGAAGCCAUCCAGAUUGGUGCUCAAGCAAUGAAGGAAAAUAGGAUCAGCGUGGAGGAAGUUGAGUUCUGUCUACAAGAACUUGAUGAGAGCAUUGAGUCACAAAAGCAAGUUGAUAAAGCUCUUGAGGCAACUCCUUCGUACACUGAUAUUGAAGAUGAAGACAUUGAAGAAGAAUUCAAAAAAUUGGAGUUGGAAGUUGGAAGUGGAAACCUUCAAGUUCCAAGCCCCAAAGUUGGGGUGGAUAGUGCAGGAGGACAAGCAGAGCCAUUAGAGUCUGCUGAAUCUUUGAGCGCUGCAAUGUCAAAUCUCAGUCUUGCAGAGAAUUCCAACAGGGAAUCAGGAAUCAAGAAUGGUAUGGUAGCAAUGAGAAAGAAGACAUCAACAAAUGCUGAGCUUGAAGCUGCUUAGUCAAUUCUUUUCGUUUACCAGAGCCAUUGUGACGAAUUUUUUGGUACUUAAGUGGGUAAUCAUUGGAUUGGGAAUUUUUUUUAAUUUUUUUUUAAAAUGUAGUCAAUGUAUAUAAUACUCCCAACAUUCUUUUGUGCAAUUGAAGGUGUGUAUGUAUCCCAAGGAAGUUGUAAUGGGUAUAACUUCUGCUGUUAUCUAAAACCUAUUUUGAUGAUAAACUCCAACAAUGCCAUGUGUGCCGGGCGACUGCCAGCCCAUAAUGUUAGUGC